AUGAUGCGACAGCAGCUAAUCCGUUCGCUGCGGCGGUCGCAGAGGCUGCCUGGCGUCAAUGCCACCAACAGUGCGCGCGCCUUUUCGACGACCGGCCAGCGAAACGCCGAGGUGGAGCUGACCAUUGACGGCAAGAAAGUGUCCAUUGAAGCGGGAUCUGCACUCAUCCAAGCAUGCGAGAAGGCCGGUGCUACCAUCCCUCGCUAUUGCUACCAUGAAAAGCUCAUGAUUGCUGGAAACUGCAGAAUGUGUUUGGUUGAGGUUGAGCGUGCGCCCAAGCCCGUGGCGUCAUGUGCUUGGCCGGUCCAGCCCGGUAUGGUCGUGAAGACGGAUAGCCCACUGGUCCACAAAGCAAGAGAAGGUGUCAUGGAGUUUUUGCUGGCAAACCAUCCAUUGGACUGCCCCAUUUGCGACCAGGGCGGUGAGUGUGAUUUGCAAGAUCAGAGCAUGCGAUAUGGAGCCGAUCGCGGACGCUUCCACGAGUUGGGAGGCAAGAGAGCUGUCGAGGACAAGAACAUCGGACCAUUGGUGAAGACCUCCAUGAACCGCUGUAUCCACUGUACUCGUUGUGUUCGUUUCGCCAACGACGUGGCCGGAGCCCCAGAGAUGGGCAGCACUGGUCGCGGAAACGAUAUUCAGAUUGGCACAUACCUUGAGACUGCGCUUGAUACUGAACUGUCUGGCAAUGUCAUCGAUCUCUGCCCGGUCGGUGCACUUACCUCGAAGCCGUACGCUUUCCGAGCUCGCCCUUGGGAGCUCUACCACACAGAGACCGUGGAUGUGCUUGACGGACUCGGCAGCAAUAUCCGUGUCGAUGCACGCGGUCUUCAAGUCAUGCGUAUUCUGCCCCGACUCAACGACGAUGUCAACGAGGAAUGGAUCAACGACAAGACCCGUUUCGCCUGCGAUGGUCUGAGCACCCAGCGAUUGACUACCCCACUUAUCCGAAGAGACAACCAGUUCCAGCCUGCGACCUGGGAGAACGUCCUCGUGGAGAUCAGUGAGAAAUUUAAAGAAAUUGCACCAAAGGGCGACGAGAUCAAAUUCGUUGCUGGAGCUCUUGUCGACACGGAAUUGCUCGUCUCUGCCAAGGAUCUCGCCAACCGCCUCGGCUCAGAGAAUCUUGCUCUGGAUCACACCCAAGGUUCAUCGCCUCUUGCCCACGGUAUCGACGUCCGCUCAAACUACGCAUUCAACUCGAAGAUCACCGGUAUUGAGGAGGCGGAUGCCAUUCUCCUUGUCGGCACGAACCCCAGACUGGAAGCCUCUGUACUCAACGCCCGGAUAAGGAAACAAUGGCUCCGAUCAGAUCUUGAGGUCGGCCUUGUAGGCGAAGACUUCGAGUCCACAUUCGAAUACGAGAAGCUUGGUGAAAAAGUCGGAGAUCUCAAGAGCGCCCUUGACGGUGAAUUCGGUAAGAAGUUGAAGGAAGCCAAGCGUCCCAUGAUCAUUGUCGGCUCUGCCGCAGUUGAGCACGCCGAUGCUAAGGCUAUCUAUGAAACGGUCGGAUCAUUUGUGGAGAAGAACAAGAGCAACUUCCGCACCGAAGAAUGGAAUGGCUUUAAUGUCCUUCAGCGUUCCGCUUCACGGACGGGUGCUUUCGAGGUCGGCUGGACUGUCCAGAACCCCGAGGUUGCCAAGACCCAGCCAAAGUUCAUCUGGCUUUUCGGUGCUGAUGAGAUCACUGCGGACGACAUUCCCAAGGAUGCAUUCGUCGUUUACCAAGGUCAUCACGGUGACCGCGGUGCCGCUCUCGCAGACGUCGUCCUCCCUGCUCCUGCAUACACCGAGAAGGGUGCCACCUAUGUCAACACGGAAGGUCGUGUACAAAUAUCACGACCCGCCACCUCACUCUACGGUGUUGCGCGAGAAGAUUGGAAGAUCAUUCGUGCUGUCUCAGAAGCACUUGGAGUUCCGCUACCAUACGACAAUGUCGAAGCUCUACGAGACCGCAUGGAAGAAAUAUCGCCCGCCCUCCGCCGUUACGACAUCGUUGAACCCGUUUCUCAAGAAAUCCAGAGCUUGAGCAAGGUCCAACUUGUGGAUCAGAACAAGAAUGCUUCGUCCUCCGGACAGCCUCUCAAGAAGGUCAUCGAGAACUUCUACUUCACCGAUGCUAUCUCAAGAUCUUCACCGACCAUGGCCCGAUGCUCCGCGGCUAAGGAGACAAAGAACCCUCAGACCAACUUCAUGGCGCCUGGUGAGCCACACCCUCAGGUUCACUAUGGCCCCUCAGAGCUGGCAGGUGCGAGCGCAUAA